CAUGUAGCAUGUGGAAGUUGCCUGGAGAGGGGUCAAAUCAGAGCUGCAGCCACCAGCCAAUGCCACAGCCAUGUCAAUAGCGGAUCUGAGCUGCAUCUGUGACCUACUCUGAAGCCUGAGGCAUCACCAGAUCCUUAACCCACAUCCUCACAGACACUACGUCCAUUUCUUAACCCCCUGAACCACAACCAGAAGUCCCCACAGGUCAUUGUUAAUUAUCAUCAGGUAGUGUACGUCUUAAUGAGCAAAUCUCCCCAUAAAAAUACACUGAAUUCAUUAUAAGGAAAUCCCUUUAGCUUUCAAUGGGAAAUUUAAAUUUGCAUUGUAAGGAAAAUAAUUAUUGUCACUGACCUAUUAACAGUCUCCCAGACAUACUCUUUCAAUCCCAAAUGCUUAGAGACCAAGGUUUAUAUUCUGAAAGUCUAAUAGCCUUAACAUCAUAAACCAAAUAAGGUGUUAUGAAACACUUCUCAGUGAAAUCUAGAUGAGAGGUCUAUUCUAGUUUACUUUCACUGUUGAUAUUAACAUCAAUUACUAUUUAUUCUUUCUGAAUGAUUAAGCAUUUUGGUUGUUAGAUCUCAACUCAUUGGUUAUAAUUCUAGCUAUCCUCAAAACCUAAGACUAUGGGAAAUGAGGAUGAAAAAAAUUGUUGCAAUUAAUGCUGACCUCUGAUUCAAAGGUUGAUCUUCAAAUUAUACAGGUAAGGACAAAAUAUAAUUCUGUUAUAUAAUUCAGGCAUGCACAUACAAAGUUAUGUCUAUCUUAGCUUAAUAAUAAUGUGGCAUAUGUUUAAUAUUUUAAAACAAAAAAUAAAACUUUUACUCAGUGCUUAUAUUUGAACUUGAUAUAAACAAUUUUGACCAUAAAAUUUAUGAUUAGACUUCAAUAUAUUUUGAGGUACACUAAUAGUAAGAAGGUAGACUGUGAAAAAAAAGUUCUCACAAAUCAUAAAGAGAUGUAAACGAUUUUCUCUAUUCAGUUUUAUUUUUUUUUGUCUUUUUGCUGUUUUUUGCGGCCACUCCCAUGGCAUAUGGAGGUUCCCAGGCUAGGGGUCCAAUCGGAGCUGUAGCCACCAGCCUACACCAGAGCCACAGCAACGCAGGAUCCGAGCCGUGUCUGCAACCUACACCACAGCUCAUGGCAACACCAGAUUGUUAACCCACUGAGCAAGGGCAGGGACCGAACUCGCAACCUCACGGUUCCUAGUCGGAUUCGUUAACCACUGCGCCACGACGGGAACUCCUCUAUUCAGUUUUAAGUGCUACUGAACUCAAGUAUAUAGACAUGGAUUUUAUUUAUUAGCUUUUAAAGUACUGUGACAUAUUUCAGAAAAUCUUACAUAAUUUUUUCAGAAAUGGAAAAAUAUUAGGUAAGUUAAUUCAGGUAAAAGAAACAGAUUUUUUAAGCAAUGAAUUUUGAACAAUUUAAUUUGUAAACUGUUCUUCAAAACUGUCUCAAUCUGCAGAUACCAAAUAGUUCAUUAUGGAUCAUUGGUGGCAUACUGAAAACAUUCCACAUCCCAGGUCACUGGGUUAGAGGUAGGAUUGAAAUCAGCCAUGAUUUUUGCACUAUAGCAUUUUACAUCUGUUAUAAGAAGAAUAAGUCACAGAAAAUCUCAAAACACCAAAAAUAUAUAAAGGAAAUUGUGCAUGCAAAUAUGAAAAAACAAUGAUAGAUUGUACACAAGUAAUUCUAGAUUGUGAUGCACAUAUAAGAUACGCUGGAUACUUCAAAAAAAUAGAGAUUAGUGUAAUUUGGGGCAUUGAGCAAACUCUUCAAAGUAUCGUUAUAUACAAACUAUGCUUUACAAAAUGCAGGAAAGGGUUUAGAUAUCUGGGCACAUUCAAAAAGAAUAAUGGAUCUAGCAUGACACUAGAAAAGAAAUCAAAGUGAUAAACCAUGGGUAUUUAUUUUCAUAGCAUUCCAAAGUAAUUUUUUGUAAAGAUGAACAGUCCCCUUCAUCCUUAGCAAUUUCCAUAUAAUUCCAAGGACAUACAAUUCCACUAUAAAAACAUUCACACUACUAGGAAAAAAUAUUAAAAUGUUGCUCAUUUAAAAUAUAUAUACAUAUAUAUACCAAGAUGUACAUGAAAAGUGAUUUGAUAUUUAUCUUAAGGUACUCUAAUAUAAAAACUGACACACAUUACUGGGGAAUACUGAGUCAAAUAUGAGUCCCAUAAAUAUGUAGAGCAUUCUCCAUAAAUUCAUAAGGACAAGUCAUUUCCACUGUAAGCAUCAUCCCUAGAAUUAACAAACAUUUCUGGGAAUCCUGAGCUUCAGAGUCAAGAUCUUAAAACUUAUAUUACACAGAAACAAAUAUCCCCUAUAGGUGUGUGUUCCUGUAUACCAGAGGAAAUGGGAGAAAUAUGAAGAAGAGCUCCACUCCUCAUAAAAAGAAAACCUGGAUGGGAAAAUUAUACACACUCUAAUUUCAAAACCUUUAUCUCCACAAUUCCCACAUCAACAGAGAAUUCAAAUAUGACUGAGGAUAACCACUCCUUGACAACUGAAUUUAUCCUCAUAGGAUUUAGUAAUCACCCAGAGCUGAGGACCAUUCUGUUUCUCGUGUUCCUUACCAUCUACCUGAUCACCAUGGUGGGAAACCUUGGUCUGGUGGCACUGAUAUGUACAGAGCAUCGUCUUCACACACCAAUGUACAUCUUUCUGGGUAACCUCGCUCUAAUGGAUUCCUGUUGUUCCAGUGCCAUCACCCCCAAGAUGCUACAGAACUUCUUUUCCAAGGACAGAAUCAUUUCCCUCUAUGAAUGCAUGGCACAAUUUUAUUUUCUCUGCUUUGCUGAAACUGCAGACUGCUUUCUCCUGGCAGCAAUGGCCUAUGAUCGCUAUGUGGCCAUCUGCAACCCACUGCAGUACCACACCUGGAUGUCCAAGAAACUCUGCCUUCAGAUGACCACAGGGGCCUACAUAGCUGGAAACGUGCAUCCCAUGAUUCAUACAGGCUUUCUCUUUAGGUUAGCUUUCUGUAGAUUUAAUCAAAUUAAUCACUUUUUUUGUGAUCUUAUUCCAUUGUUCAGACUCUCCUGUGUUGACACUUACAUCAAUGAAUUGAUGUUAUUUACCUUUGCUGGGUCAGUUUCGAUCUUUACUAUUACCGUAGUAAUAAUCUCUUACCUUUUCAUCCUUUUCACAAUUUUCACAAUGAAAUCCAACAAGGGAAGAGGCAAAGCCUUAUCUACCUGUGCAUCCCACUUUCUCUCUGUCUCAAUAUUCUAUGGUUCUCUUCUCUUCAUGUAUGUUCGACCAAAUUCCAGGAAUGAAGGAGAUAAAGAUAUACCUGUUGCUAUUUUUUAUACUCUCGUGAUUCCUUUAUUAAACCCUUUUAUUUAUAGCCUAAGAAAUAAGGAAGUAAUAAAUGUUACCAAAAAAUUUAUGAAGAAGAUUUCAUAACAUUAUGAAACAAAUACUAUUCCAUAUGGAUAACUGAUUUGAAUCUGAUUAAACUUUUUUCUGAAUCAACAGCACUGAGAAGGUGGAAAAUGGGUGUUUCAUAUAUAACAUUAAAUUACUAAAACAUGAUGGUGUGUCAAUCAAAUAACCAAAUGUAAAUGGUUUUCCAAAAUAUAAGCUGCUAGGUUUCAUCAGGAGUGAGCUAAAAAAUUACCCUUCAGGUCACCUUUGUGUCAGGGUGUAAUUAGUUACACUUCAUUACUAUGUUUCAGUGUAUAGUAAGUUGCAAUUUUCAACAAAUUCCACAAAUGCAAGGAAUUAAAAUCACUACAUAUAAAGGUCACCUCCAUUUAAUAUUUUUGCAUAAUUUCUGGAAUCCCAAGGCGUAAUCAUACAAAUUCCUCAUAUCCCAAAUCUGCUUCAGCAACACCAUCUGACAAAAUUAAACUAUAUACUUCAAUUUGAUUCUCAAUUUUUAAUUGUUCCAGAGAUUGUUUCAAUAUGAAACCACAGAGAAUAUAUAUUCCAUAAUCAAGAACAUUUUCCUCUUUAGAAUUAGGAAUUUUCUCUCAAGUUCUCUAAAUUGCAUUAUCUGAACAUUCGUGGCACAUAAAUCUCUAUUGAAGAUGAUGCUACUUAUAUUGACAUCACUAUGGAUUUGAUAUUUUCAUGUAGUUCGAAUGGUUGACCACCAUAUAUGAUGGUGCAAUUCCUGAACAUAUACUUAAAUAAAGCUUUUUCUCUAUGAUAUUAUUAUUUGUCCUGCUUGUUAUUAAGAAUAGAACUACCCCUGAACUGGUUCCAGUAUAAUUUUUUUGUUUUAUCUUUUUAGGGCCACACAUGUGGCAUAUGGAUGUUCCCAGGCUAGGGAUCCAAUCAGAGCUUCAUUUGCUGGCCUAUGACACAGCCAUAGCAACAUAGAAUCCAAGCCACAUAUAUGACUUCCCCCAUAGCUCAUGGCAACUCAUUCAGUUGUUUGAAUACUUACGUAUUUCGGGUAUUAACCUUAAUUUUUAAAAAUUAUGAGUUUUGAUAAUUCUCUUUGUAAAAUCUUCUUCAGAUUAACAGACUCAAUUUAUGGAAGUGGUCACUAAGCAUCACUGUAAGGACCACCAAAGAAGUCAUUAAGGAUCAUUGGUAGGACCCUGAAAACACGUUCACCCAUCCCAGGUCACUGGGAUGGAGCUGGACUUGAAUCAAUAUUAUUUUCCCCAUACCACUGUACAGCUGUUAUAAGAAGUAUGAGUUAUAGCUAACCAUAAAAUUUUUACUAUACAACAAGGAAAUUGUUUGCACAAAUGAACAAAACUCAGUGUAGAUUAGAUAUAAUCCAUGGUAGAUUGUGUUGGAUAUGUAAGACAUGCUGGAGAGUCUAUAAAGUGGAAAUUAAUAUGACCAAGGGCAUUUAUUUAGCUUUAUUGAGUAGCAUUAUAUAUAAACUAUGCUUUAGGAAAAGGAAGAAAUGUUCAAUAUAUUUUGGCAAAAUUCAACAAGAAUAAUGGCAUGAAGAGAAUCAAUGUUUAUGGAAAUGCAUAUGACAUAAAAAGGUGAUAAUCAAAUGAAUAUUUCAUUCCUUAGUUCUCUGAGUUUAUUUUCUCUAAAAUCAAACAGUACUUUCAUUUAUCUAUAGGAACCAUCGAAGAAUUCUUAAGAUAUAAACAUGUCUAUUGUAUGAUAUUUUAAAACAUUUACACUGUUGGGAGAUAUA